AAUUUAAUUUUACCUUAUUAAUUUUAGUAAAUUAAUUAUUGACAACUUACUGUACGUACUACCAGCUAAUACGUACAACAAUACGUGCAAAAGUAACAACAUCUUGAUUAUACUUCGUACGUUUCAGAUAAUUUUGAUUGUUAUUAUAGUGCGUAUAUAUCGAGCUAUGUGUACUGUUAUAAAAGGCUAUUGAGUUGCAAAAAUCAAGUGCGCACUUAAAGCCCUUCCCAAGUAUAAUGUCUCCUAUUACGGCUUGGGAAAAACUCCAACAGAAUUUACAUGGAGAAGACUUUCAACAAAUAUACAACGAUCAUUUUCCUAUUGAAGUGAGGCAGUUGUUAUCCCCAUGGUUUGAAACUAAAGCUUGGACUGAAAUCGAUCCAGAUAAUUUAGAGCAUGAAGGUUAUAUUAAAGGUUUAUUUGUGUCUUUUGUGGAUGAAAUAGUAUCUAAAUCUAAUUCUAUGGUAAAUAAUGAACAGUUUGUCAGUAAAUUGAAAUUAAUUGAUACUGCAAAAUUAUAUAAAGAGAAGUAUUCUCAAAAUCCAAAAGAAUUGAUAAGAAUCAUUAAAAAGUGUUUGGAAUCAGAAUCCUUAAUGGCUCAACAAAAUAAUUCUCUAAUGGAAGUCAAUGUAAAAUCUUCCCAAGAACUGGAAAACAUUGAAAUUAUGCAACAGAUGGAAUUGAUAAGUAACCAUAUUACACAUACAAAUGAGAUCCGCAUGACAAUUCAAUCAGACAUUGAUUCUUUUAACAUUUUGUACUCAGAAUGUUCUAAAUGUACUCAACAUCUACAACACAUGAGGAAUCAAAGAAUGAGUAUUCCUCAAGGACCUGAAAUUGAACGUAAAUUAAAACAAGAAAAAGAAUUGUAUGAAGGACAAUUAAAGACUCAAUCGUUGAGUCUUAACAAUGCUCUUUGUGUCUACAUUAACAAACUUAAUGAAUCAUUAAAUUUGCUCAGUCCUGUUCAAGCUCAUAUUAUUGAUAAGGCAUUAAUUCAAUGGAAACGUGAACAACAGUUAGCUGGUAACGGAUAUAAAUACAUGAAAGAUAUAGAUGUCAUACAAACUUGGUGUGAAAAAUUAUGCGAUUUAAUAUGGAUAACUCGUUCACAAAUUAAGGAAGCUGAUCGUUUCAGAGUGAAUUUGGGUCGUUAUUUUGAAUUACCUCAGUCGUGUGAAAUAAUUAAUACUCUUCUUGAUAUGACUACUCAAUAUCUUUCAUCAUUAGUGGCUAGUACUUUUGUUAUCAUAACUCAACCACCUCAAGUAUUAAAAACUAAUACAAGAUUUGUAGCUGAAGUUCGUUUAUUAAUUGGAGGAAAACUUAAUAUUCAUAUGACAUCACCUGUGGUUAAAGUAUCUAUAGUCAGUGAAUCUCAAGCGAACCAAAUAAUCGGAAGAAAUAAGCCAGAUGGAGAAUCUUGUGGUGAAAUAUUAAAUUGCACUGGGAAAAUGGAAUAUCAGCCUGUCCAGAGACAUUUGUCAACCAAUUUUCGAAGUAUGCAACUAAAAAAAAUUAAGCGCACAGAAAAAAAAGGCACAGAAUCUGUUAUGGAUGAAAAAUUCUCAAUUUUAUUUUCUUCAAAAUUUUUCAUUGGUAAUGAACUUCAGUUUGAGGUGUGGAAUUUGUCAUUACCUGUAGUAGUAAUUGUGCAUGGUAAUCAAGAUCCUCAUGCUUGGGCUACUGUAACUUGGGAUAAUGCUUUUGCUGAACCUGGCCGUGUUCCAUUUAAUGUUCCUGACAAAGUACCAUGGAGAAAUGUGGCAGAAGCUUUGAACAUGAAGUUUUCUGCAGCUACAGGUCGCGGACUCUCAGAAGAGAGCUUGACAUUUUUGGCUGAAAAGGCGUUUAGAAUGCAAAACGUGGAUUUCAAUCAUAUGGUUUUGUCGUGGUCACAAUUCUGUAAAGAACCAUUGCCACAAAGAAGUUUCACAUUUUGGGAAUGGUUUUAUGCCGUGAUGAAAAUAACUAGAGAACAUCUGAAAGGUCCUUGGACUGAUGGUGCCAUUAUGGGAUUCAUAAGAAAGUCUGACGCAGAAGAGAUGUUGACAAGAUAUGCUACGGGUACAUUUUUAUUAAGAUUUUCAGAUUCAGAACUAGGUGGGCUAACUGUUGCCUGGGCUGGAUCUAAUGAUUCAGAUGCUUAUAGUUUACAUCCUUUCUCAGCUAAAGAUUUAUCAAUUCGGAACUUGGCUGAUAGACUAUUGGACUUGCCAUAUCUCACAAAGUUAUAUCCUGAUAUUGAUAAAAACCAAGCAUUUGGAAAAUACUACACACAACCACCAAAUAUUAGUACACCUGUUACAAGCAAUGGAUAUUUAAAACCAUUACUAGUUACUCAUGUUCCUGGUUGGGGUGGACCUGGAACUAAUGGACAAGGAAUGAAUAGCUAUCCAAAUACUCCUCAGAAUCACAUGUUUCAUGUAAACAGCCCUGGAAAUUGUAGCAUUAGAGAAACAUCAUCAGUGCAUAGCGAACCAGUGAAUAAUAUGAUGGCAUUUGGAAAUGAUUCUUUAGAAAUGGAUUUUUCUUCGAACUUAAAUGACAUAUCGCAUGUGGAUGAAGCGUUUUUUUAAAAGUAAUUUAGAUAUGUUAUCUUAUAGUAUAGAUUAGGUAAACCAUUCAAUGUCAUAAUGAUUAAAGUAUACAUUAAACUGCUUGUGUUAGUGUGAAACUUUGAUAUAUUUCCUUAAUUUUUUUUUUUUUUUUAUAUUUAUAUAGUUUUUUAGUAUAAAAAUUAUUGACGUACAUUUUAUACUCGAUUGUUAUGAGCAAACCUUUUUUUCAACCAAUUUGAGUGUAUAGUUUUAUUAUUGUUUAUCGCCAUUGAUUUAUUAUUUCUUUUAUUUGAAAUAUGCAUUUAUUAUUAUUACCUUAGAAUUAUUAUUUUUGUAUAUUAUUUUAAAACAAUUUUUGUGAUCAUCAAGUCCUUAUGGUGCUUAGUUAACAAACUGCUUCGUUUCGCUGUUAUUACUUAUUUUAUUAUUAUUAUUAUUAUUAUUAUUAUUAUUAUUAUUAUUAUUAUUAUUAUUAUUAUCAUUAUAAUUAAAUAUUAUGUCAAAACAUAUUCCAUCAAAUAUUGAUCAGGUAAUUAUUUCGGUUUUAUACUUAAUUAUAUGUUUAGUAUGUAGUUAUUAGUAUGUUGUUAUUUGCAUUAAUGUAUACAUUACUGUUAAAUCACUAAGAAUGUCCUUUUUUUUUUAGUAUAACUGAUUUCAUUUUUGAGUAAAUUUACCCAAUGCUUUUUAUAUUUUGUGUCAAUUAUUAUUCCUGAAUUUUAAACUAAAUUUUUUUUUCAAAUGUGUUCUUGAUAAUAUAAUCAAAUGGAAAUUCUUGGUGAAUUUCAGUGGAUAAUUUGGUUGUUAAGAUGAUAAAAAUAAUGUACUUAAAAACUCAUAAUUUCUUAUGUUAGAAUGAUUUUAUCAUCGAAAUAUUUUAACUUUCAUAUUAUUUUAUUAUUAAAUAAGUAUACAAGAAUAUUUGUAUUGUUUACUUAGUGGAUUAUCUAUUGUAAUUUUGUAUUCAAAAUAAUUUCCUUACUAGUUUAAAUAUUAAAAUACUCUUACACAUUUAAUUUUUACUUAAAGAUAUAGUGUGCACAAACUUAAUAAAAUAAAUUAUGUUUGAAUAGAUAGCAAAUAGCAAUGUAUAAAUAUAAAUAUUUAAUUACAUGUUUUAUCCUAUAAAUUUUUUCUCCUUGGUUUUUUGAAAACUUUUUUUUAUAAAGUUUGUACUUAUGCUUAACCUUUGACAAAUUAAAUUAGUUUUAAAUUUAAAAGGGGAUUGAUAGCAGUUAUUCACUAAUUUUGUGUUAGUGUUUUCUUAAUUGUGAAAUGUAAUUGACAAUUAACUUUUAAAAAUGAGUAGAUAUUCAUGGAACUUAUCCACACUCACAUAAUUACGUCCAUGUUUACAAUUACUAUUUCAUAUAUUACAAAUUGCUAAUAUUAAUUUAAAAAUAUCAACUUAUUAGAUAAGAUAAAAAUGUUGAAAACUUCUUGAAUUUAUUCUUAAGUAUCUCGUCCUUUUAUACUUCAUUUUUAAUAAAUAUUAAUAAUUAUAAUAUAGAAAUUUUAGACUUCAGGCCUAUGAGGAAUAAAAUUAAGCCAAUCCCAUUUAACUUAUUCAAAAAUUCAAAUCUUAUUGGUUACUCAUAAAUCAUAAUUCAUUACUAAUGAUCAAUGAUCAAUGAUGUAAAAAUUAUUAGAAUAAAAAUAACCAUUGUACGUUAUGAGUGAAAAUAACUGUAUUCAAUCCCUUUCAUUAAAAAUUAAUUUUAAAUUUUAAAAUUGUUGCUUUAUUACCAAAAUAUUACUUAUAUUGUGUUUUAAUAAUUAUGGUAUUUAUACUUAAAUAUGGAUGUAUGUUUUAAAUGUGUUUUUUAACAAUGAGAAAAUACCUAAAAUUGUAUUUUUAAAUUAAAUAUUGGUGUUUAUAUUGUAA